CGUUCGCGGAUGCCUGUUUACGCGUGAACCAAAACAUCAAUGACCUUGAAAGCAGUUGCGUCACGUGAUCGCGCGACGAUAUUCCGAUUGGUUCGUGAGAACAUGUCAGCCUGUAUUGCGUUGUGCGCGGUUCGCGGCCCGCAUUCCUCACCCAAUAGGAGUCCUGCAUGUUAAGCCGGGAAAUAGGGACGGGACGGAAGGGGGCAGGGGAGUACGAGAGAGGGAAGGGGUAGCCAGGCGAACGGGUGCGAGCACGAACGACGACGAAGACGAGGACAACGACGAGGACGAGGACAACGGUUACAGCAGCGACGGCGAUUGUAACGGGCGACGGUGGCUGCGGCAGCAACGGUGGCGACGGCGGUGACGGUGGCGGUGGCGGCUACAGUGACGGUGACGGUGAUAGAGACGGUGUGCCAUGUUGGUCUUUGCUGGCGUACACCGUACGUGUUAGUGCGUGUGUUUGUGCGCGAGCGCGGUUGGUCGGCCCGCGUUGUUGUAUCCAAGAUGAAGUCCGACUCGAAACCUUUGUUGACAGCUCAGGCGGAAAAGGCGAAUCAUUACACAUACUUAAAGGAGUUUCGCGUGGAGCAGUGUCCGCUCUUCAUACAACGCAAAUGCACGCAGCACAGACCCUUCACGUGCUUCAACUGGCACUUCAUGAACCAACGGAGACGCCGACCGGUGAGGAAACGAGACCGCACCUUCAACUACAGUGCUGACAAUUAUUGCACCAAGUACGACGAGACUACCGGCAUCUGCCCCGAUGGAGACGAGUGUCCGUUUCUGCAUCGUACCGCGGGGGACACAGAAAGGCGUUAUCAUUUACGUUAUUACAAGACGUGUAUGUGCGUGCACGAUACUGACACACGUGGAUUUUGCGUGAAGAACGGGCCUCAUUGCGCUUUCGCUCACGGCAAUCAUGAUCUGCGCCCACCUGUAUACGACAUCAAGGAGAUACAGGCACUGGAGAAUCCGGAUUCUGAUCCAAACUCCUCAUCCAACGGGCCUAACAUACUCGAUAAGGAGCGGAACCUAAUGAAUGAGGAUCCGAAAUGGCAAGAUACGAAUUACGUGCUGAGCAAUUACAAGACCGAGCCGUGCAAGAGACCGCCACGUUUGUGCCGGCAGGGCUACGCUUGUCCACAGUAUCACAAUAGCAAGGACAAAAGGCGGAGUCCACGAAAAUAUAAAUAUCGAUCAACUCCAUGCCCGAAUGUGAAACAUGGCGAGGAAUGGGGUGAGCCGGGCAACUGCGAGCAGGGUGACGCAUGUACGUACUGCCACACGCGCACCGAACAGCAGUUUCAUCCCGAGAUCUACAAGUCUACCAAAUGUAACGAUGUGCAGCAAGCUGGUUAUUGCCCGCGCGGAGUCUUCUGCGCCUUUGCGCAUGUUGACCGUGAGUGUACACUCAUCAAUCUGUUGCCAACAGAAGAAAUGAGCCUGGCGAGGGAUAUGGCGGUACCUAUAGAUUGCGGCGCGAAUCUGGCCGAUAUACUCAGCAAUGCUCUUCCACCCGACAAGCGAUCGCACGACAAAGACAAGCCACUCAGCGACAGCAGCAAUGGGAGCGGUGAAGUCUCGGAAUCCGCCAGCACUAGCAGCUUGGGUAGCAACAGCUCGCACAGUAAGGCACCCGGCGCUCAACUGCACAAUUCCAGCAAUACCAAUUCCGGCAUAAGUACAGCUGCGCAGCAGAAGCUUACGAGCAUACUUUAUAAUCCCAGUUCUCUCAUCCAAGUUAAUGAGAUUCGUAAGCAAAUGGUUGCCAUUGACAGCGAUCCAUUAUUGACAAAAGCCGAGAAGGCCCAGCAGAAACAAAGUCUUUAUAUCGCGUACAAUUUGAACGGGACAUUAGGCAGUCACUCGUUAGCUACUACCGUUUCACCACUUUCAAAUUCAUUCUACUCAAACGAUACCGUUGAAUCUGUAGUAGGAAAUGCGUUAGACGAGCUACAUCUAGACGAUCCAUUAAAUUUAGUCGAUUCAAUUCAUAGGGAUACAAAUUCACCGAUCGGCAAUUCAAUCUCGGCAGGCCUAGCCAGCUCCGGUUUACUCGGCAGCUCAGCUCCGGUCAACAUACCUGGCAUGGCCGAACGUUCCGUUCUCACCAAUUUCUCGCCGUCAACAUCGAGCCCGCUUCAACAAUUGCAAACUGGUUUUCUCACCGGUUCGAGAUUCUCCCAUCAAGACUCCAUGGAAUCCACAUUACCGUUUAUGAAUCAGAUAUCAGAUCCGUUUAGCAAUCACAUCUCUCAACUCAGCAGCUCCGCUUCGAAGCUUAGUGGGUUCAAUAGUAGUUUGUUCGAUUUCGCAAGCCAAGGAAUGUCACCAUCACGUACGCAGCCUACUCUGCCGGCAUCUCCGUUGGUACAAAGACUUCGAGACGAAUUGAGUUCGAGUCGCGCUCAAUUGGCAACGUGGGACGAGCGUAUUAAUCAAGCGCGCGCGGCUUGCGCGGCAUGGCAAUUGGAAAGCGAGGAAGCGAAAAGGAAGGCUACUAUCGCCGAGCAGCAGAGGGACGAGAGUAUGGAUUCUUUGCAGGCAUUGAUGCAGGUGAAGGCGCUCAGGGUUGAGAAUGAGGCAUCCAGCGGUGGCCCGUAUCUUCACACAGUUAGACGAAUAAGCGAGCUCAGAUCACUCUCAAUAGCUACCUUAAAAUCGAUUCAAUCACAAUUGCGCUCCGAUCUUGAAGAGGUGGAAAAGGUGCUGUACCGAGAAACGGCAACAAAAUGCAUGGUUUGCGAGGAACAGAAUCGUUCGGUUACUCUGUCACCCUGUAAUCACUACGUGGUCUGCUCGACGUGCGCUCCGAAUCAACGCGAGUGCCCGUACUGCCAGACACCGGUCGUCUCGACAAGUUAGAUUCGAAUCUUUUCUUAGAAUCCCGUUGUUAACAAUUUCCGCUUUUCAUCCAAUUAUAAGCGGAAGGGAAGUCGCUGGCUCGGAAGUAACGUCAGUAAUGUGAGUGCGUGUGAUGUGAUUUUUCGAGGAUACGUAUUUCCUACACACAGAUGACACAGAUUUCGAUAUAAAUGACAAAGUGAAACUGAAAAUUGUUUUUUAUCGCGGUGUAUCAAGAAACACCUGCAAGUAAUAAAGAAAUUACUAAGGAUACGAUUGAUUUCUCGCCAAAGUACGAAGUAUAAUGGGAAGCUUUCCACGUAAUCUUAUUAUAUUACGUUGAUACUUUUCUUCUGACGUAUUUAUAAUGGAUAAUAUUAUAUUUUUUACUGUAAAAAAAAGGCGAUAGUAUUGAUUCUUGAAAGAAAGAAAAAUGCUUUAUUUUAUAUGUAACUCAAGAUACAUGUUUGUGCAGGGUGUUAACUAUAUACGCGCAGUUAGCAUUUCUAAUGCGAGUAUUCGUGAAUUACAGAACAUUUAUCGUGAAAACAAUAUAAUCGCAGUUGUGGACAAAGUUUCGGGACCUCGAAAACUAUAUAAUUGUUUAAAAAGAUUAGUAUAAUAUUAAUAAACGCAACAAAAAAUGUCUCCCAUUAAUGCAUUAAAUAAUGGGAGAACCUUUUUCUCGAUGGUUGAGCUGUGAAACGUAUGUCACAGAAAAAAUGAUAUUGUAUUUAAAUCUAUAUAUUUAAUAGGAUUUUCCAAUUGAUCCGUACUGAAUGUAAUAAUAUAAGUAUUAACAAAUUUUAUAUUUUUCGUUGAAAACCUAAUAUUGAAGAUAUAGAUAUUAUAUAAAAGAUAUAUGUACGUAUAUGUAUAUACAUAUACAUGUAUAUGUGUAUGUGUAUACAUGUAUAUAAUUUCUAGGUUUUAUAUAUAAUAUAUAUAUAUAUAUACAUCUAAUAACAAAGAUUUCUCAUAUAAUUAUGACGAUUACCACGGGAGUUUACAAACAAUUAAAAUAGUACUAAAUAGUUUUAUAUUACAUGAAAGGUAUUAAAUAAAUACAUACAUAUACAUAUAUACGUACAUAUAUAUGUAUAUGUAAGUAUUUUUUACUGAUUGGCGUUACUAUUGUAUAUUUCAUUUCUUUAUUUCUUUAUUUUCCUUUCUUUUUGUUUUUCUGCUUCUCCGUUUCAUGUUAAUGCUAUGAUUUAUCCGGAGAUGUUUGUACUUCCGGAACGUCGCACUUUAGUAUAAUCAAUAGUUUUAGCAAUUUUAUAUAAAUGCACUUGUUUUCAUUCUAUACUGACAUUUUCGAUAAUUUUCAUUAUAUGUAGCUCUUGUACGUGUUUCGUAUGUUUUGCAAAACAAAAAACCACUUUUAAUCUUAAAUACGAUAAUUUUUUGUGUACUAGUUCUUGCGAUGAAGUUAUUAGGAGACAUUUAAAUUAUAUAAUAAUAGCGUGUCAUAGUGAUGACGUUAAUCUUUAAUUAAUUAUUCAAUUAGAUUACUAAACCAAUUAUCCUCAUUUCGUGUUGUAGGCUUUUACAAUUGUAGAUUAUAAGGAUGUUAGAGAUACUUAGGAUUUUUCAAUUUAAUCAAAAAAAAAGUAAUUCUUAUACAUACAGAUAUAUACACAUAGACAGACGGAUACAUGCGUGCGCGCAUACACGUACAGAUACACACAUACACAAAUAUAGAUUAUAGAUACAUAUGAAUAUAUAUAUAUAUAUAUGAUACGCAAGUCAAACGUGACAUACGUGUUACAGUUCAGUGGCAUGAUAGAAACAUGCUAAGUUAGGACGUGUAAGGCACGUCUGCAUACACGGCUCUAUGCGUAUAUUCAUUUUAAAGAUAUAAUUGUUAAACUCUAUGAUAAAAAAAUAACUAUACAUUCACACACGAUGUGAAGAAUAAGUAUAUAUGUAUAUAUAUAUGUAUGUAUGUAUAUACACAUAUAUGUAUAUAUACAUAUAUUGCCUAAGAUAUAAACGAUUAUAGGAUAGAUAGGACAGCAUUAUCAAAUUUUUUCUCAUAUAGACACGAAUGGUUACAAUAAUCAAUUUUAAAAACUAUUUUUAUUUAAUAUAUUUACAUACUAUGAUUGUAAAAUUGUUAAAUUCAAGUGUAAUACCCCGCACAAAGAAGGGCUCUAAAGUCUAACGAUACUUUUAUGCAACUUGUACGUUGUUUAUUAGUUUACAUCGAAUGAACUUUUGGGAAAUCAAUCGAACUUUAUUUACCUUCUUUAAUAUGCGAAUUUUCUUUAGUACAAUGGGGUAUUGUAGCACAGACAUAUUACUUAAUUGUGAACCUCUUUUACAACAGCGCUAGUUGUUAUUGUUUUUGCUUUCCCACUUACUUUUAUUCCCUCCUUCAAUUACCUUCAUAGUUUAGUAUCAAAAAGUGAGGCCAAAAAAAAGAUAACUGUUUUUAUUAUGUCAAUUUUUUAUUACAGAUUAAUAUUAAAAUAUAAUAGAUGUUAUUAAAAGAAUUUUUCUCUAUUAUGGUAUAUAUGGUCUAAAGAUAUAUUAUUUUUAAAUAAUCGUAUUACAAAAAUAUGGAAUAGCAUAGGAAUAUAUAGAAAUUAUUAAAAUGCUCUUUUCUGUGACAUGUUUUACAUCGUUAGUUAGCUCGGGAGUGUACGAAGUAAUUAGAAAAAUCGAAAGUACAUUCUUUCGAUUAUUUAUAUUUUGAAUAUUUAUAUAAUAUCUGAGUGUUUUUCUCCCUUCUUUUUUCACUGUCUUCUUUUUCAGACAGCAUAACAAUCUACACGAGAUCUCACUUGAUAAAACGAUAUCUUAAUUAAAGGCCGCAUAUACCAUAACAUCAUUUUCUCUCUCAAAAUACUAUCUAGAAUUUAAGAGAUUUAAAACAUUAUGAUAAUGCAUUUUUCUUUGCGUUUAUUCAAUGCAUUCUUUAUAAGUACAGAAAUGUGUUUUUAAUGUGUGAAUUUUUCUUACAUAUCUCAUCAAGUUUUUUACGUUGUUAACAAGAAAUACUUUGGCAUUGAUACAGAUGUUAGGUUCAUCUGUUUAAAAAACUCGAGAUUCCAAACAAUAAAUAUACUACUUUACCACUUAUUGAUUUAUUUACUUGGAAUAGUGAUAUUCUCUUCGUGAUAGAAUCAAUAAAUUCAUACAAAUAGCUGAUGAAACGAAUCACGUUAAUUGAAUCGUUAAGAAAGAUACUUAUAAAGAAUGCGGAAUUUACAAUGAUGCUUUGCGAUCGAGCUAUCUUCUAUGCAUUUAUAUUUAAAACACAAUGUUACAAAUAAUGGGAUCAUAUCCGAAUUGUAAACAGUAAAUUUGUAUUAUAGAAGGAAUACAAAACAAUCACAUCAGUUUUAGUUUUCAAUAAUUGGAGGAAAGUUACGAUCGCGUCAUAAGUUUAACGGAAAUUUAGAAAUUAUAUUUCUGAAUAAUAAGAUUAUAUGAAUAUUACAAACAAUUACAAUAUACAUAUAGUGCAAUAUAUAUGUGUAUAUAUGUAUACAUAUAUAUUGUAUUAUUUUACUUCUAUAACAAUAACAAUUACAACUUAUAGUAAUUAAGGACAUAAAUUAUUGUGAAAGCAACAAAUUUAGCUACAAAAUAGGGUAAUAGGAGAAUAACAAAAUGAAUGAUUAGCUAAUAUUAUCGUAUAACAAAGAAAACAUACAGUUGAAUAUUUAUAUAUUACUGUCCCGAUUGUUGGUUUCAUCAAUUAUCCGUGUUUUGCAGAAUAUUAAUGAUCGUGCAUAAUCGCUUUACGUUUGCUUCUUAUAUAUUAUGUCAAAACAUUAAAUUUUUUAACCUAAUCUAUGAAUAACUUAGGUUUUAUUAUAUCGGAAUUGAACAAAUUUGCACAUUACUAAUAUUUGGCAUCAUGCUAAAAAAUUCUUUUUUAUUAAUUUUUUCAUUUUUAAAUGUUAAAGAUUAUCAUUCAAAGAUAGCAUUCACGAACGUAAUUCCUGCUUCACGUGAAAGUUCGAUGCUUACUUUUAUUGCACAAAGAAAACCAACAAUAGGGCAGACUAAUUAAAUUGAAUGCUAUAUUAAAUUGAACGCUAUAUUUUUGACAAGUUACAAUAAUACCAAUAAUACGAACGUUACACGCUCUGUCUUGCGCGAAUGAUUCUUCUUCUACGUUAAAAUUAAUUAGAUCCGGACCACGUUGCUGGAAGAUUGGAUUUUCUUUAUGCACUAGUUGAAGAUUGUAGUUUUGCCUCUCACCUUAUUUGUGUGAUUCCUGCAAAGCAACUGAGAUUUCGUAAUGUCGAAGAAGAAUUAUCAGCACCAGUCCAGACGAGAAAACGUACACAUAAUCACUAGAAUAUUGUAUAUUAAUAAAUUGCGUAAAAAAAUUGUAAUAUCUAAAGAAAAUUUGCUGAACAUUUAUAUCACAAUUUAUAACUAAAGAUACUUGCUAUAAACCUAUAUCGUCUUUAAUCACUCCGUAAUUUUGAUAUAACAUUUUGAUUACAUUGCAUUUGUUACUUUAAUAGCGGCAUGGCUGAAUCUAAUAUUACGAGCAUUAUAAGAAUCUUUCGCAGCGAGAUAUGCGUUUCUGUUUGCAAAGAUACUUGCUCAAUACCCGCGAAAAUUUCAAGCAAUGUAUUUUUUUAUAGCUUCAUCAUAAUUACUAUACGAUAUGUACUUUUGAAUUGCAUGUUCGAAUUGUCUUUCAAGAUUCGAUAGAUUAUAAAUUUCCGUUUCACAAUUACUUAAAUCGAAUAAUCAUUUAAUCGAUAAAAAGUACUAUGAGACUAUGGUAUCAUGAUGUAUAUUUAACCAUAUUUGUCGAUUUAUUAGAUUAGCAGUAAUGAUCGAUACGAAUUUAUAUUUCAUAUGAUCAAAUUUCAAGUAUCUUUGUGAAAAGUACGAGGUAACAAAUGGCUGUAGAACUGUGAUUGCAUAUUACAGUUAAAUUGACUCAUUCAUUGUCGGUGUGAAUCACCGAUAUAUUUCCCUUAGAAUCAUUUAAUGACUACUGGUGAAUGUACAAUUGUAGUAGAAAAUUCUGUUACUUCUAUAACGUAUAUGCAUUAAAAUUGCAGAAAGUAUAAGAAUAUUUCUCAAUCAACGGAUUAUCCGAGUCUUUUCUCAGAAUUAACUGAUAGUAGAGGCGUUUCUCAGUGAGAGAAAUUACACCUUUCUUGCUUUCAAAACGUAAAAGAAAUAACGCUAGUAGUUGUAUUUUAUUUACUUUCCAACUUUAGAGAAACAAAAUGUAUAUUAUAUGUUACAUAUUAACGUACAAGAUGUACGUUUUAAUAAUUACACAAAUGACAAAGUCAUCUAUAUUUUUUUGCGAGAUUUUAUGAAAAAUCACGCAACAGUCAUUUGCCUCCUCAUAUUUGGUUACUAAUAUCUUCUAGACAAAUAAUGUUGAAGUGAAAACAGUCAUAAGCUAAUACAAAUAAAUACCUCCUCUUAAAAAAAAAGCAAAUGAAAUUGAUCAAUUUGAUAGGGGCUGUGUGGUUUCACAUAUUUUAUUUAAAAUUGAAUACAAUUUUACAGUGAAUGAAAGAAACAUGGUGAAUUGCACAAAAGAAACGAUAUGUGUAAGCAGUGCAAUUUUCAACGGAUUUAGAAGUAAAUAAUAAAAUUGCGUUCUACGAGCGAUGAAUGUGAUCUCUUAAUGUUUCUAAUUUUUAUAACCGAUUCCACAUUUGCAGAAAUUGUUUUGUUCGUUUUAUUCAUAUUUAAUUAUCAAACAGACAUAUUAUACAUUUCAAGACAGAGAUAUAAAUUAUUUUUAACCAAGACUCGUAUUAGGUAAUAUUCAUUGUCUCUUCUGGCAAAAUUAUUCUGUCCUUUCAUCUUUAUUUCUGUCCUGUUCAUCAAAUGUUGAGAAGUAGAAUGCAUACUGACAGUAUUCUAACAAUAAUAACGGAACACAGCCUUAAAUAAGGCUUUAAAUAGAUUUAAACAUAUAAUUUGCAAAAAAAUAUCAAAGGAUGAGCAUUCGAUAGUGCGGAAUUGUACAUGAAAAUCUAUCGCCCUUUUAAACCUUUUGCUAUUUUUGCAACAUAUUAAAUUAUUAUGCUGUCUUCCGGUACAAUAUAAUGUUUAAGCACAACCUAAGGUUAUACAAAUUUGGAAUAGCGCGACGGAAGAAAUGACAAAUGGAUUUGUAAAUUCUAUUCAUAAGCUAACAGAUAUUGCUCCCUCACAGUUCAACGGAACAACAUCGGAUAUCAAUCGCAAAAAAAUCAGUACAAGAGUAAGAUCUAUAAUUUGUAUUCGUACAUUACAUGUGUAAUCUUUUGAUGUAUAAAAGCAAUGUACUUAUGUGUUAAGCGGUUAAGUUACUAAAAAUAUAUUUUGCUGGCUAUUGCGUGAACGAAUUGUAUUAUUUACGUUUCGCGCCAAAUUUACAUGGUAUCUGUUAAUAAUUAAUAGAGAUAUCAGAAUCUCUCUCUCUCUCUCUCUCUCUCUCUCUUUUUUCUUCUCUUUCUCUCAAGUUAGAAACAAAUCAUAAUCAGGAAACUGAAAAUAUUUUUUGUUUGUGGAAUGCUGUCGUUGCUUUCACAGGAUGACGCUAAGCCACUUCAUCUCGUAUUCUUAUUUAGUGCAUGAUUCAUGAGGUAUUUUCACGCAAAAUACUAAAAUUAAUUAAUACGUCAGUGAUUCAAACGAGGAACCGCAUUUUUAAGGGAGCCAUAGAAAAGUCAGAUUCGAACAUUCAAACAAUAAUGAAUGUAAUUUUGGAAUUAUGUUGGUGACGCAAACAAGAAAAAUCGAUCGUUUACCAUCACUCCUCUUACAAUCAUGUUCGUUUCAGCAAUAUGCAACAAAAAUUUUUAUAGUAUUUUUUUAGAAUUUAUAAUUUGUCUUGGCGAUUAUUCACGUAGCUCUUAAGUAUGAUAGCGUAGCGAAUAAAUUUAAAAUUAUGUAUCAUGUUCUCGUAUGUACGAUUUUAAUAUAUUUGGAGAUUUCUUUUAAAAUCUUAUUGCAUAAUAAUGAUAAGAUGUGUGUGUGUGUGUGUGUGUGGAGAGCUUCUUGCUAAAUGCUUUUAUUCAAUUGUAUUUAUUCGAAGGAUUUGCUUAGCGAAAGCAUGAAACAUUCGGGGAUUACGUGCAUGAAAUUUCGGCACUGUUUAUGGGAUGAUCGAAUAGGUAUUUAUUUCCCCAUUCGAUUAUCGCGUUUAUUCUGUGAAAGAAGUCAGACGUAUUUAAUUAUAAUUACUCAGCAAAAGGAGAUAAUACAUAAAAAUGUCUCGACUAUAUUAGCGGGCUACAAAAAAACGAAGAUCUCCGUGACGACUAUCAUGAUGACCGUGGUUGCUUUUGUGUGCGUAGCAUACACGAUUAUGCAUUUUAUAUAUAAAUUUUCUCCAUUCCCAGAAAACUCAUAUCCCGCAACGACUUCCUGUAUGUAUGCGGAUUUUAUACAUUUUUAAAAAUUUCGCGUGCAAAACAUAAUAUUUUCAAGUAUCAACAACUGCAUAUAUCGAACUUAUCAAGGUAUAGUUAAUAAAAUUCCCUGAUUUAUUGCAAUGAUAAUGCAAAGAUCUUUAAAACCGGCCUUUGAAAGCACACUCGAACGUAACGUUUUAUGACAUGAUAGCUGACAUUGUUCGGUAAAAGGUUUACGCGUGUGAAUGUAAGCGCUUUUGAUUCACAUUCCAAAUUUCUUGUACGAGCACAAGGCUUCCUGGACAAGGAACAAGCGGAUUAAGAGAGAUAGAUAGAAUUUUUGUGAAAAAUUAUUGAAUGCUUUUAAUUUCAUAGACUAGAUAUCCAUCGAUGUCUCCUUGAUUCGCUUAUCUCUUUUUUUCAGAAGUGAUUUUUUCUUUACGUGUGUUCGAAAUUCGAUUUAUUUGCCGUGUUAUCGGAUUACAGGGCAUUACGGGAAAACAUGAUGCAAAAUUCACUUUUGUUAUCUCAUUAAAUAUCUCUCUUGCUCUUUCUCUCCCUCCCUCUCUUUCUCUCUUUGUAGUAAAUUCUAAUGAAUAUCAGUACAAAUAUCUGCAACCUGAUAAUAUUAACGAAGGCUGCAUUGCUUGGAUGAAUAAAAAAAAGAUUACAAUAUCGAUGAUACGUAUUUUUGGCAAUACAAAUUUAAAGAAAUACCGAGUAGCGUUAGUAGCAAUUAGAAAACCAAUGAAACAAAUUUCGUUCAAAUAUUUUUUUGAUGACUGAAAGUUUAUAUACUACAAAAGAAAUAACAAUGAUAAUAAUAAUAAUAGUAAUUAUAGUAUAAUUCAUAAGACAGAUGUUAUUGCUUCUUAUGCUAUUACUAUAUAUAAGUUGCGUAUUAUAAAAAUAAAUAUUGUAAAUCAAUAAAUUUAAUCAAUUU